ACUCUCCAAGCAAAAUUAACUCCCUUUCCUUCCACUACUGAUCACUUGCAUUAAUUGUUAUCAGUCAAAAAAGAAAAAAAGAAAAGUAUGGCAGUCCUUCCACUUCUUAUUGCUCUUCUCUCCAUCAUUUUCUUUGCCGCCUCACCUAUAGCCAAAGCAGCACAAUACAGUGUGCUAAGUUACGGAGCCAUGCCUGACGGAAAAACUGACUCAACCAAGGCCUUUGCGGCUGCUUGGUCACAAGCAUGCGCCUCCACACAGCCAGCCACUAUCUCUGUUCCUAAAGGGAGUUUCGCUUUAGGUCAAGUGAGGUUUCAGGGUCCUUGCAAGAAUAAUGCUAUCUUGGUACGUAUAGAUGGUACCCUAGUCGCUCCAUCAGACUAUGGGGUCCUUGGUAGGGCUCAAAAUUGGCUAAUCUUUGAGCAUGUUAAUGGGGUUACUAUAUCCGGAGGGACUCUUGAUGGACAAGGAGCAGGACUGUGGUCAUGCAAGAAUUCCGGCAAGGAUUGCCCCAGCGGCGCCACGUCACUUGAAUUCUCCAAUUCAAACAACAUCGCAAUUACCGGAUUGGCAUCAUUGAAUAGCCAAAUGUUCCACAUUGUCAUCAAUGCCUGCCAAGACGUCAAAGUGCAAGGAGUGAGAGUCUCUGCUGCCGGAGAUAGCCCUAACACCGAUGGAAUUCACGUGCAAUCAUCGACCGGAGUCACCAUCUUGAAUUCUAGGAUUGGAACUGGUGACGAUUGUGUAUCAAUUGGCCCUGGUACCUCUAAUCUUUGGAUUGAAAAUGUGGCAUGUGGACCUGGCCAUGGAAUCAGCAUUGGAAGUUUGGGCAAGGAUUCUCAAGAGGCUGGUGUGCAAAACGUAACAGUGAAGACCACUACAUUCACAGGCACAGAAAAUGGAGUGAGAAUUAAGACAUGGGGAAGGCCUAGCAGUGGUUUCGCCAGAAAUAUUCUUUUCCAACAUGCAGUCAUGACUAAUGUCCAAAAUCCCAUAGUAAUCGACCAGAACUAUUGCCCCGGCGAGAAGGGCUGCCCAGGCCAGGUUUCCGGUGUGAAAAUUAGUGAUGUGACCUACCAAGAUAUCCAUGGAUCAUCAGCAACAGAACUUGCGGUGAAAUUUGAUUGUAGCAAAACAAAUCCAUGCUCGGGGAUCAAAUUAGAAGAUGUAAAACUCACUUACAACAAUCAACCAGCAGAAGCGUCAUGUAGCAAUGCUGGGGGAGUUGCUUCAGGCGUGGUUCAGCCUACUAGCUGUUUAUAAGAGCCUGAAGAUGGCUAGUUUACUAAGCAUGCAAUGAAGAAGAAAUAGUACGUACUACCAUACACACAUAUAUAAGAGAAAAAAAAAAAAAUUGUCAUGAGCGAAUUAUAGCUCAUUGAGUCAAAGUUCAUUGCUUGAGCCCGAGGCACAUUUCUGCCCGACCUUUGCAAUUAUAGUUAUAGUUGAUGUAAGAAUUAUAUUCUCUACUUAAUAAACUUCGAUUUCUUUUUUAAA